UAGAGCAAAAUUAAAACACUUCAACAAUAGUAAACUAUGUGAGCCGUUCAUUAUUUUAACGGUAUACUUUCUGUCCAGAUGGAGCCAUCUUGCAGAUUAUGUACGAAUACCGAUCAAACACUCACAAGCAUAGCGGACUAUCGCAUUCCUGCUGUAGAACGACAAGCAGCUGCAGUUACACUGGGCCGUCUCAUUCAACAGUAUUUAGCAAUUAGCGUAAAUCCAUCCACGUAUGAUCCCCUGAUUUGUGCCAAUUGUUUGCAGCGGAUAGAAGAAUGGCAUGCAUUUCGGGAAAGUUGUCAACAGCACGAUCGUUUGUUUCAGGAGAAGAAAAUCACCUUGGACGAGGUGGUGAAAACCGAACCCCCAUGCGAACUAUACAUUACCGGCUAUGGAACGAAAUCAGACGAGCGAUCAAACGACACGGAAGCGAUACAGUUAGAGGAAGAUUUCGAGGAGGAUGUGAUACAGCUGCCUUCGGACACGGAAAGCUUAAACCAUUUGUCGAAUAUAUCACCCCGUCCGGCAAUGAAAUCAAAGCAGAACGAUCCGUCGAGUAGAGUAAGUCGACGAAUGCGACAGGAAGGUCACAGACUGCACGUAACUAAGAAGAAACGAGGACGACCAAAAAAGUCAAGAGAAAAUGCCGAGCGAUUGUCGUCUAAAAAGCUUGUUGACCAGCCUAUAAGAAAACAACGACCUAUACCAAAAAUUUGCACAAUCUGUGGCGUUGCUCGAACCGAUAUGGCUGCCCACAUGCGCUGGCACAACAAUGAGCGCCCGUACCAGUGUCCGCACUGUCCAAAGAUAUUCCUAAACAGUUCGAAUUUGAAGAACCACAUCAAUCUGCACACGCGCGAGAAAAUGUACAAGUGCGAUCUGUGCGAUAAGGAGUUUCCCAGCAGCACCGGGCGCAGCAAACAUCGGGAAACGCACACCACAGAACGAUCCCAUUUGUGUAACGUUUGUGACAAAUCGUUCAAAUACCGAGCUUCGCUGGCACGGCACAAGCUGAUCCAUUUCGAAGAACCGAAGGAAAAAUGUUCAGUGUGCGAUAUGUUGUUCCUGACAAAGACUAGACUAACGAAACACUUUUUGGUGCACAUGAACGUAAAACCGUUUAGUUGUGAAGUCUGCGGAAAAGCAUUCAACCGGAAGGACAAUCUAAAAACCCACAAGAAGACGCACAUAACGGGAAGGAGAAGCGAGAAAAAGCGAGAAAUGGAGGAGGAUUUGUUGCAAACUGAUCAAACUUCCAAAAGGAAUCGCCUGAAAGACUAGUUUCCAUUCUUCCCCGUUAAACCUAGUGACGGUCUGGAUCAUUCUGCCAACUGAACUGGAUUAAAUUAAGGAUAGCAAAAAGGACAAACAUUGUGAGUGGUAGAACAAAUAAGGCGUAAAGAAACAGUAAGAAUUAGACUUUCUCAACACAUGCAUCAGGAAAUAGCAACGGUUUGCGUGAGAAGUCGGUGCGUGGUAAUUUGUCUAGUGCCAGGUGUGUACAAAAACGAAUAAUUAAUGGGAAUGUGUGAUUGAGGCUACAAACUCUUGCAUCAACAGCUUUACGGCGCUCUUGGUGCUUUAAAUAAAUUAUUUUUUAAUAUUAACCAACAACAGUGUUGGGAACAAUUGGCAAAUUCUAAUUUAAAUCCGAUGAA